UAUCGACAGUUAAAGUAAACAAAUAUAUUUGUUAACCAACAGUUUACUUAAACGUUAGUACAGUUAAAUAGAAUUUAGUUUAAUUCUAUAAAUUUGGUUUGUUUCAUUUACCAAUAAAACAUUGUCAUAUUAAUUCUGUACAAUCUACCCGAAAUGUAGUCAUUUCUGUUUCAAAAAUUGUUAAAUAACAAUUACUUUAUAUUUUUACAAAUGGUUAUUGUAGUUCAACAACAUAUUCUGUUAAAAUGUUGUGAUAAUUGUCAAAUUAUUUGGUGAAAAUUGUGAAGUAACAGCCAUGUUGUAAACCUCUACAAUUGUUUGUGGUAAUGUAACAACGAAUUUGAUAAAUCGUUUUACAUCAAUAGUUGUAUUAUUUAGAAACCAUAGUCACUUUACCACGUCAUAAGUAAAUUCUAACUACGAAAUUGUUCAUCAACAAUAUAAAAUGAAAUAUAAACGGCGACUUUGUUUGAGUUAACGUUGCAGUUCGUUUCAUAGUAACUGCAUAAUCGUGAUAAAUUCGCGAAGAUCGCAUUACGCAUUGUAUGUAGCUAAUGUAACCCAGCAUUUUCAUUUUGAAUGCUCGUCAGUCAUACGUUCUAACAUCGACACUUUGACAUUGUUUGAUGAGGGUGCUAAUGUUAAUGGGAGUGCGGGUGAAGAAGGCGACUUAUUCAAUUUAUUACAAAGCUGGGGGUUCUCAAGCCUUUGCCAGGAGUUUUUAGAUCAGGAUAUAACCAUUGAACGCCUAAAACUGCUAACUGAAGCGGAUUUGAAUGAACUAUUUAAAGAGAAAAAAUUAGGUAUAAAAGUAGAGUUUCGGCAUCGCCUUACCAGAUGGAAAAUUGAAAACAACAUACCCAACGAUUUUCCUUGUAACUCAAAUAGUUACACAAAUUUAUGGAUAAAUACUGACACUGACGCAGCCAACUCGUCAUCUGAAUCAUCGGUGGAAUCUACAUUUGGCAGAACUUUUCAAUUGGAGAAUGCCCUAAAGAAUUUCCCUAAUGGUAACUAUGUGUUCUUAGUAUUCGAGAAAAAUAAAAAACUCAAUGACGCAGCUCGUAAAAUAAUGGUAGAUGCUAUUACAGCGUGGCAUAUUGAAAAUAAUGUAAAACUGAGAAGAGAAGGAUUCGAAAGGAUAUCCGAAGAAAUAGAGCAAAGAUUUCAUGAUGAUAAGUUUAUCUACUAUAAGAAAAGGGGACUAAAACAAAUUCCAUCGGGACGAUUGUAUGACAAAUAUUACAAUCACACAAAACGCCUCAAAAAAAUUGGUUUAAUCCAACAAUCUCCAAUCACUCCUCGAACAAGUACUGUCGCAAACAUCGAAAAUAUUGGUGUAAUUGAUGAUCAGAAUAUAACGGACGAUGAAAUUUUGAAUUUAACUGCUUGGCUUCGGAUAAAUAAUUCCCCUUGGACGGACGUUCAAGAAAAUUGGCGAAAGACUUUUACAAGGAGAAGAAGUGAGAUUUUGAAAGAAACAGAAGAAACACGAAUUACGUCUAUUUUAGCGAACUGGCCUCUUUUAAAAAAUUCUCAUGGCUUCAAUUUGAUUGAACAAGAUUUUUUUUCGAUAUACCAGGACAAAACUUAUGGACUAAUAAGGAAUUGGAUAUAUUUUAAAAAUAAAAUCAUUCCAAUUUAUAACACUAAAAUUAAAGACAAGCAAAAUUUAACGUUAAUGAAAUAUUUAAAUAGUCUAAAUCACACUGAAGAAAUUAUUGACGUAAUUGUAGCACUGCUUCUUCAUGCUGUGUUACCGCCCACAAUAAAGCAUGUAAAGAAAAAUCAACAGAACAAGAAAUUGAUCAUUAAAGCAACCAUAAAAGACUCACAAAAUUCGAUCUUUCUGCACACGCGGACCAUUAAUGACUUUGACAACAAAAUCGAAGAAUUAAAAUCAACUCUACUAGAAAGAGGAGAAACACUUCAACCUAUAAUAGUAGCAGUAGGUGACGAUUUAAUACAUAUUAAUAGUUAUUAUGUUUUCUAUGAUGAUAUAAAGUAUAAAUUUGAUAAUUGUUUAGCCGCUCUUGAUUCGUGUUUUAAAAUAUUUCAUGUGUUAAAUUUGAAGUAUCCAAGAUGUGGUCAAAAUACGUGGAUCUUUAUCCAAAAAUAUUUUUUUGAUAUUCACUUGCCGGAAGAUAAUCCGUGCUCAAAUUUACUUUGUUUGCUUAACGAUUUAAAAAAUUAAUUUUUAUUUUACUAUUAACAUGCCUCAGUGUUACAAAUGUAAGCAAAACGCAGGGAGUGUUUCUAAUCAAUUUGAUGGAGUGGAUGAACUUAUCAAACAUUUUAAACUUUUUCAUAGUUUUACACCGUAUGGCAACUUUUACUGCCUUGACUGUUGUCAUACUUAUCAAUCUUUAAAAGCAUUCAAAAGACACUUUAAAGGUAAUAAUAAAUCAUGUAUAAAUAAAUCGUCAGAUACAAUAAAUCGAUUAGAAAAAUCAUAUAGUCAACAUGAAAAUAACACGGAUUCUUCUGUAGGUAACUCGGAAAGAGAAAAUGUUCGAUAUGACUUAGCAUCAGCUUUAAAGAACAUUGAAGCCACUGCUUUAAUAUUUGUUACUAAACUUUACAGUAAAUCAAAUUAUGCCCGAAAAGAUGUCGACCAACUUAUUAACGACAUUACUAACAAUUUGUUGGGUACGAUUAUUACUGAACUGAGUAACAUUUUUAAUACGACGAAUAAUAAUAAUGGUGAAAUAGAUAAACUUCUGGCUUUCUGCCUGGAUCCGUUUUGCAAUUUUAAUACUUAUCACAAGUACACAAAAAGUCUUCAAAAUCGGGACCUCUAUCGAGAACCAAAAAUUUUUGAAACCAAUAAUGAAGUUGAUCAUAUAAUUCUCAAUAGUACACCCUGUUUAGAUUCUAAAUCAAGCAAAGGCGCUUUAAUGCCACUACAGUUUCAAUUUCAAAAAUUUUUUGAGUUGCCAAACGUAUUGAAAGACACUAUUGAAAACAUGACAAACCUUGCACAAAAAUCUACAAUACAUAAUAUAAUAAAUGGAGAAAUUUGGAAACAAAAAAAGGCAAAAUUUGAAAAUAAGACUUUGAUUCCAUACAUUCUGUAUUUUGAUGAUUUUGAAAUAAAUAAUGCGCUUGGUUCACAUGCUGGCAGUCAGUCAAUUGCUGCAUUUUAUUACAGUUUCCCAACACUACCACAGCACCAUGUUUCAUCAUUAGAAAAUAUUUUUACAGCUCUGUUAUUUAAAUCUACUGAUAAGUGUUACGGAAACGAUGCAACCCUGAAUUUACUAAUUAAAGAAAUACAGUUACUAGAAAAAGAUGGCUUAAUGGUACAUGGUCAUCAGAUUCAUUAUAUUUUGAUGGCUAUUGUUGGAGACAAUUUGGGGCUGAAUUCCAUAUUAGGGUUUACGAAAAGUUUCAGCGCUAAUUUUCCAUGCAGAUUUUGUAAGUGUAAUCAAAGUGAAAUUAAAUCCGACUGUCAAGAAAAUCUUUCAAAAUUUAGAACCAUUGAAAAUUAUCAACAAGAUAUUUCGAAUGAAAUUGAAGUAAAAAAUAGGGCUAAACAGAGUGGUAUACGGGAAAUUUCAAUUUUCAAUACCAUUGAUUCAUUCCAUGUCGUGAAUAACUAUGCCGUCGACAUAAUGCAUGACCUCUUUGAAGGAGUCUGUCAUUAUGAUGUAUGCCAAAUUCUAACCCACCUGAUUGAAAAGGAUCAUCUAUUUUCACUAAAAAUAUUGAAUAGUCGAAAACAACUAUUUAAUUAUGGUAAAACAGAAAUUGGAAACAUUUCCCCUCCUAUAAAAAUAAAUCAUUUAACUAACUUAAAGCUGCAUAUGUCGGCCAGGGAGAUGUGGACAUUUUGUCACUUCCUUCCUCUUAUCAUCGGUGAUUUAGUUCCCAUUAAUAACAAAUACUGGAAAUUAUUACGUCUUUUAUUAGAAAUGAUUGAUUUAAUAUUAAUGACCGAAUUUAAUGACACAGAUUUAAAAUUAAUGACAUUGAAAAUUGAACAACACCAUCUGCAGUAUGUGAAACUGUUUGGAAAUACCCUAAAACCAAAAUUUCAUUUCCUUCUGCAUUAUCCAACAAUUAUAAAAAAAAUAGGUCCUCUCAAGUAUAUCUGGUGUUUCCGUUUUGAAUCAAAACACCGCGAGCUAAAAAUGUACACAAAUAAUACGAAUUCCCGUAAAAAUAUCCCUUAUACCAUUGGCAUUAAAUGUUCUUUAAAAUUUUCUUAUCGUUUGUUAAAUAAUAAUGGUUUCAAGAAUAUUAUAGCAUAUAAUUCAAAAUCCACUAAACAGCAAAAUCUCCGGGAUCAAUUUUAUUAUAAAAAUCUCAAUUUAGAUGCAGUCAAUAUUAUAGGCGAUGAUAUUAUGACAUUUAAAAAAGACAUCAUAUAUAAAGGAACUCAAUAUGCUAUUGACUAUUACUUGUUAACAAAAAAACUGCAGUUAUAUAGAAUUGUGGAUAUUGUUCUUACAAGUAACGAAAAUAUAUACUUCGUAUGUUCACAGUACAAACUUGGAAAUUUUUGCAAUCAUUUUCAAUCAUAUUUGUUACCUACUACAGAAUCCACUGACACUUUUUUUAUGUUUUCUCCUUCUCAUUUUGAUUAUUAUUCACCACUUCACACUUAUAUGUCGCCAAAUGGUAAAACCUAUGUUCGGCCAAAAUAUUUUUAACACAACAAGAGCUCUUUAGUUCCUAAUCAUAUUUAGCAUUUAUAAUGAAGUGUAUUUAUGUUAAUUUACAUACUAAUCUUAUAUUUAAGUAUUCUAUUUACCACAGUGGUAACUGUUUAUUUGUAUUUUGUAUUUUCUGUGUACUUAUAAUGAUUAUUCCAAAAUAAAGAGCAAUUAUUCUA